AUGGCUGUUCCUAGACAAACUAGACGCAUAUUUCUCUCCGAAAACCCCCAAGGUCAUAUCACCAAAUCAACUUUCGGGAGCGAGACCGCCAAUCUACCUACUCCCACUCCCGAUCAAGUUAUUGUUCGGACCGAUUAUCUUUCCCUUGACCCAGCCAUGCGGGUAUGGCUCAAUGACGAUGUAACAUACGUCCCUCCAGUCCGGGUUGGCGAGACCAUGCGUGGAGCAGGGGUUGGAACAGUAGUGCAUGGGAAUAAUCAGAUCAAAACAGGCGAUGUGGUGUACGGUGUUCUUGGCUGGGCAGAGUAUAUCAUUGCCUCAGCUCAAAGUCUUCGAGUGCUGCAUCCACCAGAAGGAUUCACCGCGUUGGACUAUCUAGGACCACUUGGUACUGCAGGAAUGACUGCAUACUUCGGUCUAUUCGAAGUAGGGAAGCUCAAAGCGGGAGAAACACUAGUAGUCUCUGCCGCCGCUGGAGGAGUUGGAUCCCUCGUAUGCCAAAUAGGCAAGAUCAAAGGCGCCAAAGUCAUCGCGAUCGCCGAGCCGAGAUUCGAGGGCUUCGUCGUUUAUGAUUACAAGGGCCGAUAUGGAGAGGCGGAGUCCAAUAUGACCAAAUGGAUUAGGGAGGAUGGAUUAAAAUACCAAUACCAAGUUGAAUCUGGGCUCGAACAAUGCCCCCAAUACUUUGAGCUACUUUUCAGUGGUGGGAAUACCGGAAAACUCACUGGGUCGCUUGCCUCGAUCAUGGCGUUCUCGACUUUGAGGCUUCGAGAGCCCCCGCGUCUUCAGGUAUUUGGUCGCAUUUAUCGAGCAAACAUUAUCACCCCUCAGAAACGACUAUAUGUCGACGACGCUCUGUCGGCAGAGAUUAGUGCUAAGGACUCGACUCCUGGACGUAAGACGGCUUGGUUUUUUGUUGAGCACCUCUUCCCCAUCAGGCUUAAUAAAUAUGACCCUCGAUACUACUUUGCUAAUAUGCGCAAAGAAGCAGUCAUCGAGCGCGUCAAAAAAGUUCUUGAAAACACUGAUGUUGACGGCUUUAAGGUUCUAGAUAUUGAGCCCAGGAUCAAGGAUGGGGGAGUGUUUGUACAUUUUGAAUACAUAUCUCCCUUGGGAUCUGGCACGUCGGAAGACCCAGCGAUUCGUCUAACAGAACUCAAGUCGGUGGCAGAUUUACAAGCUGCUAUCCAAGCGUCUGCUGUCAAACAAGGGGGAAUUCCGUCCUGGUUGGGUUUUAGUGCUCCUCGAAAAUUCUGGCUUGUGCGUGGGAGGCCAUGGCGGGAAGAUAUGGACCGCUUUGCUUCGGCAACCAUCAAGACCGAGUUCGAUGGUCCAGAUGUCCACCUCGAAUCGUUAUAUGACGUUCUAAGGCCCUACGGCCGAAUCACUAAACUGGAUCCCCCAACACCGGCCCCCGCCGGUACUUUGCGUAGUGCAACUGUGAGAUACAACAGGGUCCAUUCUGCUGUUUUGGCCCGAAAUUGUCUACAUGGUGUCAAUUUGACUACGGACGGAGACGUUAUCGGUAGAUCUGGUCCGGGAAUCGCGUUGGCAGUUGCCCCGGGGACAAAGCUAACGCGUCUAAGUAUGCUUUAUGAUCAACCACUAAAGGAAAAUGCCAUACGAAACUGGUUAACGAGCCACCCAAGGAUUGUGUUACCGGUGCUCGCCUUCUUGCUAGGAACCAUCACUUAUACUGUAUUUGAUCCGGUUCGCGAGUUCUCCAUCCGAGGGAAGGCCACCGAUUGGUUCGCCUAUGGAGAUUUUACAUUUUACAAAUGGCUCCGCGAGAAUGCAUUUGGCCGUAUUGCUUCAACUUUGUCUGGCAACCGCUCCGGUGAAGGGGGAGCGGAGGAGCCCGCAAUUUGGAGAGAGAGGAAAGAUGCGAAAGCGACCCUUCGAGCGUAUUUGAACGACUUACCAUCCACGGUUGCGGUUAUACAUGGACCUGCGGGCGCAGGGAAGGGAGAGCUUGUCGAUAGUAUUAUGAAGGAAAAAUAUAGGCCAGUUAUAAUCAUUCACUUAAGUUGGAACUGCAACUCAGAUUUGACUCGUAGACCGUCAAUCAUAAUCGAUUGUGCCAAGAUAUUGAAUACCCCGAAUGAUUCGAGCAUGAUUCGCGAAUUAGCUACACAAACUGGCUAUUGGCCAUACUUUAGCUUCCUGACAUCUUUGAAUAAUAUGAUAGAUCUGGCGAGCGUCGGCCUCAUUGGACAAAAGGCCGGUUUCAGCUCAACUACCGAGUCUCAGUUGAAAGAUAUUCUCAAUAUCGCGACUGAAGCUCUUCGUCGUGUCAAAGAAGACCGCAAGAAGAACACCAGCCGAGGUGCGGAGCGCGCGCACAUCAUUUCCCAACGAAGCGAUCGGGACUCUGUCCAAAGAGUGGUCCCGACUACGGUGACAAAUGAGAAAGAAAUUCUUCUCCCUCUCCCAAAUUUCCCUGAACAGGCUCCAAUUCCAGUUGCUGGCCGGAGUGGUCCUGAAGAGACCAAGGAUGACCUUCCCAUCGUCGUGAUUACGAACUAUCAACCACAAGGGGCUAAGCGUGAAGAAGUGCUCAAUGUUUUGGCUGAAUGGGCCGCGAAAUUAGUAGAGGAUAAGAUUGUAACCCACGGGGAAUUCUGUCUACUAGGUCGCACAUGUCAUAUUUCUCUUCCAUCAAAACCCUUGACAUCCAUUGCUCUGAGUGAUGCUGAUGUCAAUACCGCGCGCAGCUACGUAAUAUCGAAACUCUCAAAUUAUGAGAUUAAACAAUCACUCGGCAAAGAUGAACUCCAGGCUGUAGAGAAUUUGGGUGGAAGGAUCAGUGAUCUUGAUACGUUAGUAAACAAAGUACGGAGUGGGCAGUCAGUUACCGAUGCGGUAAAGGAAAUAAUUCACCGUGGCAUAAGCGAGAUGCGCAAGAAUGCAUUUGGCGAUGACCUUGAAGAUGCUAAAUCUUUACCAUGGACACGAGAGCAGGCUUGGAGUCUUCUAAGGGCAUUGGCAUCUGAAGAUGAGAUUCCCUAUGCCAAUGUCCUUCUCGAAUUCCCAUUCAAGGGAGAUGAGCUAGCAUUGAGGAAUAUGGAGACUGCCGAAUUAAUUUCGAUUGGUACUAAAGAUGGUCUCCCGACAACAAUCAAACCCGGAAAGCCGGUUUACAAACAUGUUUAUCGGCGCUUAGUUCAAGAUGAUAUCUUCCGGGCGGUGCAAACUAUCAACUUCAACGAGAAGUCCAUUGCUACUUCACUGUCAACUAUCAAGGCAUGCGAGGACGAACUAACCGUACUAAAGGACAUUGGAUUGGAUCUUGGAUCAACGAUUCUCGGUGGUAAAGGAGCUACCGGAGCCCGAGCGAGUUAUCUAUUGGACAAGAUGUCGCAAGCCACGUCGAAGGUUGAAAAACUCGAGGCCGAAAACGUGAAGCUGAAAAAGAUUCUGGCCAAAGUUCGAUAG